AUGUCGAGAUCUCUGUUCUGGAAGACUUUGUCGUUCUUGAAGGGGCCUUGUCAGGCAACUGGUGUUUCAACGCUGUCGCGACCUGCAGUAAGUUCAGAAACAAGCACAAGUCCAGAAUUCAUAAGUUUUGAAAACUCACCGUCCUCUUUGGGUCCUGAAAAACCGUGUUAGAAAGCGUGGGUGGGGGGGGGGAGCAAAAUUUUCAGCGUGAAAUUAUUAUACUGAUUCCUCUGACGUAACCGCGGCAACUGUAAUCUACACCUGGGAACACGACACAAGAAUGCGGUGAUAUUAUCUAUCAGUUUUUCGAAUAUCAACCAAGUUCAUGAUAUCUGGCGUAAAAUUACCGUGAAUCAUAGAAACAAGUCCACCGCCAGGGAUGUGAUCUGAGUUCGAGAUUUACAGGGUAAAAUUUACAAUCAUAUACUGAAUCGAAAUGCACAGCUUGGGAAGUGACCAACGUUCGAAGCAUAGAGAGUAAAAGAAGAGUAAGUAACACCGUAGAGGGGGGGGGGCAGAAUGGGUUAUACCUAGGGACUAGACAUUUUUUAUUCUCAGGGGGGUCGGAGGAUUUCGAUUGUGUCGCAAUAAAUUUUAUCAAACCCCUCCCUAAGGCUCUGUAGUAUUCUAAUGACCCCCUCUCACUGACAAUUGAUUUUCUUUGGUUCCCACUUUUAUAUUCUAUUAGCGACGACCGACCCCUCCGACGAAAACCAUUUGAUCCCCCAAAAUUCUCCGACCGCUCCCCCCCCUUUUAUUUUUUUAUUUUCAGGCGACUAAAAAAAUAACUGUUCCUUGGUUGCAUUACAGAAUUUCACGCCCAGGGAUGUGUCCUCCACUAAUGAUCUUUGCUCGAUAGCUUUUUUUUUUCAGAACUUUGCUGGUCAUCAUAACAACCCCGCACCCGACGCUAAGCAGAGUUCCUUCGUGAAAAUAAAUAGUUCAUUGUGGCACCGUGCAUUUUCUUCCGCAGGCUGUGAGUAUACCUGUUCAACUGAUUCCGUCGAGUUAUUUUGCAGUUACUCCCAUUAUUCUUAAUGUACUUAAUAUUCCACAGGUGACUUGAGUGGAAUCUGGUACAACCAGUUUGGUUCAAAGAUGCAAAUCAUCCAACUGGAAGACGGAGAAUUGAUGGGAUUUUACCUCAACUGUGCACCUGGUUCUAAACCUGCCAAAGAAAACUUGACUGGUUUUGUGGGAAAAGACGAACACGCUUCUCGAUUUGGCUUUACCGUCCUUUUUCAGGUAAAUAAGAAAAAAUUACAUUGUUUUUGCAGGAGUCUUACUGGUCAUGGUCAAACUUUGUAACCUCCUGGUUAUUGUGCUGGACUCAUGUUUGAGAAUUUGUUGUUCUGUGUCAGUGGCUAAGAUACUUGACCCCCACAGUGCCUCUGCCCUUCUAGGAGAAUACAGUGGUUUCGAAGAACUGUCUGAGAAGAUUGAGUAAAUGUUUGAGGGGGACAGGGAGGAGACCAGCUAUGGACUUACACACUUUCAGAAAGAGUAGAAGUAUUCCUGGUCGGUAUGAAACCGGGAUAAACUCCGACAGAAUGGACACUGAGCUUUUGUGCAGAUUAGAACCUUUUUGUCUUUUUAUUAUUCGUGUUACUAAUACUUGGUCCGAACAGCAUUGAGGGGCGGAAGUAAAUUGCUGAGCACUGCAUUUCAUUUCUCCCCACCAACAAUCUGUUGGAGAAACCUGGCAGAUAAAAUUUAAACAUGAGAUGCAACUGAAACUUAAGUGCAAGUAACUACUGCAUAAACCUGGCUGAUCUAGCGAACACAUGUAAUGUUAUUUUUUCGCCCAUGAUCGAAGGAAUAACAAACAAGGAAAGUGCUGACUUAGGAAGUCUUUUUUGAUAUAGUUUGGCUGGCUUUGAGGCUCUUUGUUUUCCGUUAUUAUGAUGCUUGCAGAUCACUCUAUCGAGAAUUUGACGUUAAUAUCUCAUCAGUUUGACAAAGCGAGAGGUUAACAUGUCGUCUUCAUGACCAGUGAAGUAAGAAUUGACUACAUUUUUUAAAAAAUUUUGCUGUGUAGAAUGAAUGGUAUACCACUACCUGGACCGGACGGUGCAUCACAGAAGAAGGCGCCGAUGGUGAAGAAGUUCUGUUGACUAACUGGAUUAUGACCCCCAACCCAGAAGAUGGUGCGCAACACCUGGAAACCAUUCAUGUCGGCCAGCAUCGCUUUACAAGGAAGCCUCAGAACCCUGAGAAGUUGACUUCUUUUGACGAUUUGCAACCGGAGUGUCAGGGCUGGAUGUUAGACUACUAA